GCAGGCCCAUAAACGCGAAAACGGAAGGUUUAGGGCUUCUGUUCCCUCGUGUUUCAGGGCCCCAGUUCACAAAACCGCCGCCGCGUCUCCGACAUAGCAGCCCACACGACUCGUUCUGAUCGGAUCGGAUCUGACGACGAGGAUCUCGCUUCCAAACAACAUCUCGCGGUCAUCAGGGUUUCUCUUCUCUCAUCUUGUGUUGUGCGUUCGAAUAAGAGAGUGCAGGGGUUUCUAGAACUCCGCCACCAUUUAUAAAACCUUGGCAAUCGAAUCUACCGACGCUGAUUUUUUUUUUAUCGUCGUCGUCGCCGUUGCAUUCGAUUAAAUUUAGGAUUUGUUUAGAAUUUUUUCCGCGAGAAAAAAAGAAGAAGAAGAGACCUUUGUUAAUGUAGACAUGGCUUCAGUCUGUGGUGAUUUAAUUUGGGAGGUUGCCAAGAAGAACAAUGCUUUUUUGGUUAAGCAAUUUGGGGGCAGCACUGCCAAGGUUCAGUUCAGCAAGGAAAAGAGCAACUUGUGCGCUGUUCACUCCUUCAAGCACUCUGGAUUGACGAGUAAGAAGACCGUAAGCAUCCAGCCAGCAGGUGAGGGCCUCUCGGUUGUCCUGGCGAUGACCAAGACGAAGAAGCAGAGGAAGCCUGCUUGCGUUUACUCUUUGUUUUCCGCAAUGCCGGUGUUUUCUUUUCCUAAUCCCUUGGACAAACGUCCAAGAAUGCGUUGUUGUUCCUCCCUCCAAAAUGAUUUACCCCAAGAAGAAGAAGCUCGAGAUGCAGUGUUCCAGAUGCUGCAAGAGUACGGAGUCUCAGAAGAGGAUUCCUUCGACAUCGCCUCCAGUUCGCCCAAGUACGUCAAAUCUCUCGUUGAUAAUGUUAGAGAGCUGGAUGAGCACUCUCUAUGGAGCUGUUGGGAUGGUGGGAUUGAAAAGAUAGGAGAAGAAGAAGAUCCUGUUGUUGGGUUUAAGAGAAAGAUUUACUACAUGGCCAAGAGCAAAGGAGAUGCUGGGAUCCUACUCCCUUUUCUCGAGAGUAUUGGCCUCAAACUCUCCUCUGCUGCUUUUCUUGCCAGGUCUCUUUCUUCUCAGAGGCUUCCCGAUCUCAUCGCUAAGGUUAGAUUUUUAAAGGAUAUGUUAUUUUCUAGCAGAAGCCAUAAGGAACUCCUCGGAAGAAAUGCUCGACGCAUGAUGAAGCAUCUAUCAAUAUCUUCUGAUGAUGAUAUUCAGAGAACUUUAUCGUUUUUUGAAAAACUGGAGGCAAAACAUGGAGGGCUGAACAUCUUGGGUCACGGAGAUGCCUGCUUUUCCCAUCUAAUUGAAUCAUUUCGGGAACUGCUUCUUCUUUCGGUUGAAAAUCACUUUAAGCCACUAGUUCAUUUUCUUGAACAAACUGGAGUUCCUGAAGAAAGUGCCAGGGUUGUAUUUUUGUUGUUUCCUCCAAUUCUUCUCUAUGAUGUCGACAAAGAUAUUAAACCUAGAAUAUGUGCCCUGGAAAAGGCAGGUGUGAACAGCAGAGAUAUUGGCAGAAUGCUGUUCAAAUACCCAUGGAUCCUUUCAAGCAGCAUUCAAGACAACUACGAUAAGAUACUUAAAUUCUUUCAUGAUAAGAAGGUUCCGAAAUCUAGCAUGGACAUUGCAAUCAAAAGUUGGCCCCAUCUGUUGGGGUGUGCAACCCACAAGAUGGAACCAAUUUUGGACCAGAUUGAUGCGUUGGGAGUUAAGGGAAAGAUGCUCAUCCCAGUUAUCACUUCAAGCCCGCAGUUACUGCUGAAAAAGCCCAGUGAGUUGCUUGAGGUGGUUUCAUUUAUGAAAGAAAUUGGUUUUGAUGGCAGAACCAUAGGGAGAAUAUUAUGUCGCUGCCCAGAGAUAUUUUCUGCUAAUGUCGACAAUACUCUCAGAAGGAAAGUACAAUUCCUCACAGAUUUUGGCAUCUUGAGAGGUCAACUUCCUCGUGUUAUUCGAAAGUAUCCCGAGCUUCUUCUGUUAGACAUCCAUCAAACUUUACGUCCAAGGAUGAGAUACCUAAUAGAAACUGGGUUCUCCAAGAUGGACGUAUGCUCCAUGGUUUUCAAAUUUUCUCCUUUGCUUGGCUAUAGUGUUGAUGUGGUUUUAAAACCUAAGAUCGAGUUCUUGACAGGGGUCAUGCAAAAGCCACUUAAGGAAGUUGUGGAAUAUCCUAGGUAUUUCAGCUAUUCUCUUAAUAAGAAGAUAAAAUGCAGGUUCCUGGUGCUUAAAAGCAGAAGUAUUGACUGUAGUUUGAGAGAUAUGCUGGCGAAGAAUGACGAGAAGUUUGCAGAACAAUACGAUCUUGUGGUGCCUUUUUAUUCAUCUGACGCUGGCGAAUUAUUGAGAGAGUAAUGAGUUUGGCAUCGUUUCGUUGACAAUUCAAAGGGUAGUAAAAAAUCUGUACAGAUUCGUUCAGCUAAUGGUGGAGUCAAGUUCCAGAAAAUUGUAACCGUGAGACACCGGGGGUUUGGUAAUUGUUGUGGAGUAUAUCUAUGUGGUCAAGUGCUCCAAAGUGGUUGGAGAGCAUACGUACAAAGCGGUAGAGUUUGUGAUUCGAAGAAGGAAAAUGAUAUUUACAUACACAAUUAUAAAGGUGAGAGUUUGUGAUUCGAAGAAGGAAAAUGUUGAUACUUUGGUUUAUACAUCUAUGCUUAGUCUGUUGUAUAUUUUCCAUUGCUAGUU